AUGGCGAAAGGCAUUCACCUCGAGGCAGACAGCACUACCCAAGAGUUCAGACUGUACAACGGGAAAGACGGAUUGUACAUCGGGAAGGCAGUGUUGAAGAACAACGUCUUCGUCCUCGACUUUGUUCCAGAUCAAGGCACCGCCGACAGCGACGCCAUCGUCAACUUCACCUCUUGGACACACCCGCCAGAUCUUGACCCCAACUUCAGUCCCGGAGGCUUCUGGUAUUCACACACUAUACCUGAAACAGAACGAACAACAGCGUUAGCAACGAUUCAGACAACAUCGGCAGCAGCAGAGACAACAUCGGCAGCAGCAGAGACAACAUCAGCAGCAGCAGAGACAACAUCCACAGCAACAGGAACAACACCGGCAGCAGCACCACCGGCACCAAUCGCUGGUCCCUCAACAGCACCAGCUGCCAUCGACGACACACCACCAACUCCCUCGCAACAACUGACUCCCACUCCACCGUUCGCCUCGGCAGCAGACGAAGCUGACUGGGACGAACAAAACGUGGAAGAAGCAUCGGAGGAAGCCGGAACUCUUCCCUACUGCUCGGUCGACGUCCCAACGGACGACGACAACCCUCGCGAAAGCAUCAACGCCGAAGUCUACUACGACCUCGCCGACAAUGGUUACGUUACACCCGCGCAAGUCAACACCGACGAAGCAGAUUGCAUAGGACCCAACUUCAUACCUGAUCCAGAAGCGGGAGACGACGCCGUCUAUCCCGAGGACGUAAAUCUUCCCCGCUACACACAGAGCGGGCUGCAGAUACUUGGACUUGUCACCGCGGACCAUGGAGCGGCGCCACCUAAGGAGCCUGCCACAGUUCAGCAGGCUCUGGGGGGGGAGCACAGGGAAAAAUGGCGCGAAGCCAUGGACAGGGAGUUAAAGGCGCUAGAAGAACGCAACACCUGGAAGAUCGUGCCCAUCGCCCUGGCACGCAACAAGACCAUACUCACAGGAAAAUGGGUCUUCCGUGUGAAGACAAAGGCAGACAGAAUGAUUGACAAGUUCAAAGCACGGACGGGACUUUACCGAACGUUUCGCACCGGUCAGCCGGACGUGGGGUCUCGGUUCCUGUUUCGGUAA